CAAAUGACGCGUUGCAACAGUGGGCUAAGUGCGAUCGAAGUCAUCGCAUUGGCACUGCACGCUGCGUUACAAGUGGGCACGUCGCCAUCCGUUCGCCAGACUUGCUGAGAGGCGCUCGACACGCCCCUUGCAGCUGGCAGCUUCGAACUGCAGCUCGUUUGUCCCGAGCGUCCGGGGCGCGGACACAAGCAGAUGAGCAGCCUCGACCUCGAGCGGCUCAUGGCCGACCUUAUCCCGAAGCUCACGCCGACGAAGCGCCGCGAGCUACGCUACCUCGUGAGGGGGCUGAGGACGCGGAAGGAGAUCGGCGGGAUCCCGUCGGUGAGCGCCGCGCUCGUGGCGCGGGCGCCGGCGCUCGUUGGCGCGCAUCUAUGGCGUGCGUGCAUAGACAAGCAGCGGCGCGAGCCCGAGCCCCGGCCGGCGUUCCUCAACGACGUGCCCGACGACGUCUUUAAAAUUAUCGCGCGCUUUGCCGCGGCGGCGAAGGCGACGCGCGACGCGCCGGACGGUCUGCGGGCGCUCUUCCUCUCGCACCGGCGCGGCCGCAACGUCGCCCCGUGGCGCGAGGCGCUGCGCGACGUCGGCGUGUCUUUCAGGGCGGGCGUCAGGACGCGCCACGUGAGGCGCGUGUACCUACAUUUGGGCCGCGCGCGGCUCCUGUGGGAAGGCGCGGCGCGGCCCACGGAGGAGACGGGCCUCGCGGCCUUGCUGGCGCGGGGGCUCCGGACGGACACCAUCUUCCCCAUUAAUCACAAGAAAUGCCACUUCACCGGCCUCGACAUGACGUACCUGAACUCGCGGCGCAUCAAGGGCCCGAAGCUCUGGCGCGACCCCGUGCCGUGGCGCCGCUACCACCGGGCGUUCUUCGAGUUCGGCGGCGACAGGUGGGACAUCCGCCUCGAGCGGAAGCGCCUCAUGCGGCUGCGCUGCAUGCGCGAGAACACGGGGUCCAGCAGCGACGAGGCCGACUUCGACGACGACGACGACGAGCUGUGCCUCACAGUGCAGAAGAUGCCCUUCGAGGCGUGCCGGCCGACGUGCAACUGCGCCUACGACUUCCCGCUGCGCGUCGCCGUCCUCGGAUCGACGGGCCGUUGGGAGCACCGCAUGGAGUGGAACGCCGUGUCGGGCUGCUGGUUCUCGCGGGGCCUCGGCGGAUGGGACGAGUGGGUCCGCGCCGUCGACAAGGCGGAGGCGGUCGGGUCGGAGGAGCCCGUCCGCCUGCUCGUGACGGCGCCGGAGGACUCCGGUUUCGCCCCGCCCCCGUUUCGAAUAACAAGUUAAGGGAUGAG